AUGACCCGGCUCUCCUUUAACCUUGACCCCGCGCGCCCGCUGUUUCAGUUAGUCGAGAAGCAAGGACGACCUGGAGCGGCCGGCAGGGCUCUGCUUGAGGCGGGGGAAUUCCUGCCCUCCCUGAUCCCACCUGAGAGCUGUGCCGCCCUGCUCUUUGAUGUGAGUACAGGUGGAGCGAGCUUCUCUCACCUGCAGCUUGACUCGCUCUCUCUUCACUGGAUCGAGCGUCACGCGGACCAAAGCUGCCAGAGGUCCGUUUCCUGCAUUGUGAACAAGGAGGAUUUUGGACCAACAGCCCACCAAGGUAAGCUUGCAGCGAUGUUGACAUACCGGGCCCUGCUUGUCGUUGGGGCAUUACUCGCCUUCGCGGGCCAAAGUCACAGUUGGAGACCCUGCACAGACCUGCUGCCUCUUGACCUCCUGGCAAGAGUUUUGCCCCAACCAGGACAAGCCACAUCCACUCAGGUGCAGGUGGUACAGUCCCGGGGGUCCAGAGGUCUUCGCUUAGCUGGUGCUAUGACGACGUCGCUGAGUUUUCCUGCCUCUCAAAUCUUCACCAACUGUGACUUCUUCCCUGCUGAGUUCUCCUUGGUCACUACUUUCAAGAUGCCCAGGCUAAAAGAGAAGAGGAACGAGUAUAUCUUCUCUAUGGUGGGGGAGAAGGCAGACCCACUGUUGCUAGGGUUACGUGUUUCACAGAACUGCAUCCAUUUAUUGGUUAAUUAUCCUAGCACCGGGAGACGCAGUCGGAUAAGCUUCCACGAGGUGCGUUUGGACAACAACCGCUGGCACACAAUAGUGCUUGCCAUCACUGGACCACACGCGGCUCUGACCGUCGAUUGUGGACUGCCUCUGGAGCUUACACAGGCGCAUCCUUUCCCUGCCGCCUUAAGUACCAGAGGGUCCAGGGUCUUUAUUGGCAACCGAAGGAGGAGAACUGGACGCUUCUCUGGUUUGCUACGUCAGCUGGUUCUACUGCCGGGUUCAGAUGCCACUUCCAGGCUGUGUCCGAGCUCAGACCCCCACCUGGCCGAGCUUGUUGUCCCCCAAGUCCUUAUGUCGACACCCCUCAGGUCGGACUGGCCUGGUCCAGUUUACCCGUACGAGGCGGGGGCGACAGUGACGGCAGGGAGUCGUCCGCCAUGUUCCCGAGCAGAAGAAGGUCAGCUGUGGUUCAAUGUCCCGAGGAAAAGUGUCCUCAUGUGUGAUGGCGUUACCUGGAAAAGCUUUUUCGGUGGUUCUGAGCGUUUGGAUUACGUGGAGGAUUUCCAAGACUUGUUCACAUUCUCCGAAACCUUCGACGUGGAAGUCUUCUCCAUACCAUCUGCAGGCCUCUUCUUGGCUGCUGCCAACAGGGACUCUGGGCCCGGCUCGGGUAUCUACAGGUGGACCAACGGGUCUUUUGGGCUUUACCAGAACAUCAGCACUCAGGAGGCUCGGGCUUGGAAACAUUUCAGCAUCAACGGCCAGUCUUUCCUCGUGGUGGCCAACUCAAGGGAGGUGGAGCCGGAGCUGUCGGUGAUCUAUCGGUGGAAUGGGCGGCGGCGGCGUUUUGUGCGCCAUCAGACAUUGGAGACUCACGCCGCUGUGGACUGGGAGGCCUUUCACAUGCACAACCACAGCUUUCUGGUGGUAGCCAAUCACAGACGAGACUCCAAUCACAACAUCAACAGUGUCAUCUACAGGUGGAACCCGAAGUCCAAGCUCUUUGAGGUCAACCAGACCCUGUCCACGUCAGGAGCGUACGACUGGGAGUUCUUUACCAUCGGACCGUACCACUUCCUUGUGGUCGCCAACACUUUCAAUGGUCAGACCACCGCCAUCCUCUCCACCAUUUACGUCUGGCUGGACGGAUGUUUCCAGUCCUUCCAGAACAUCCCGACGCUGGGUGCCACAGACUGGGAGACAUUUGAGAUAGACGGCAGGUUCUUCCUAGCUGUUGCCAAUAGUCAGAAGGUGUCCGAGCGCAGCCCGAGUCUCUACAGCAUCAACUCCACCGUGUAUGAGCUCAGCACCAUCAGCUGGACCUUCAUUCGCUUCCAAGACAUCCUCACCCACAGCGCACUGGACUGGGAGUUCUUCACUGUGGGACAGGAGAAGUUCUUGGUAGUGGCCAACUCUCAUGAUGGCAGGUCAUACACUGUGAACAGCGUAGUCUACAGGUGGCAGGGCUAUGAGGGAUUUGUUCCUGUCCACAGCCUGCUCACGUUCGGCUGCAGGGAUUGGGAACACUUCAUUACAGACAGAGGCUCAUUCUUGGUCUACUCCAGUGCCACCUCCAGGCUCAGCAAGGUGUUCAAACUCAGGACUUACUGACUGCCUCCUGCUCUUGAGAACUCGUCCCAGACCAUCCAUCCGUCUUCGAUAGCUUAUCCUGUUCAGGGUUGCAGGUGGCCAUUCCUAGCGCACUGUUAUCCAAAGGUGGACUACGCCCUGGACUGGAUGCCAGUCAAAGAGGGAACACGUAGAGACAGACAACCAUUCACACCUUCAGUCACAGAGUCUGAGAAGGAACUGAUCCUACUACUCUAUCAGUGACAAUUUCCAGCUCUCACUCAAAACCAAUAUCAGCGCUAAACUAUCCCCCGUUAUCUCACGUUUGAACAUGCCUAAAACAUCAUAGCUAAUGCCUGGAUUAUUCCUCCUCGUAGUCACUGCGCUAUCCUCUCUGGCGUCGUCUUCAUCUUUUUACAUAUUUUUAUCAUGGUUGAGAGCGUGUCGUGGAAUUCUUCGCCGAAACCCUCUGUGUUCUGGAGAGUUUGGUGAGCAACCAUGACACUCGUCGCCUGUUUAGCUUGUUAGCUACCUUCGUCGUAAGCAAUUAGUAGUUAUUAAAUAUAAAUGGAGAAUGUUACUGGAGUGAGAACUAAUUGAUAUGUUACAACUGUCACUUUCGUUGCAAAUGACCCAAAAUCGAAGGAUAAGGCGUUUGCAAAGUUGAGCCGCUUGCCCUGUGAACGAGUCACACAGGAAUUAUUGUUCUAAAAGCCGACGGUUAUAUAUUUUUUUUAGGUGCUUGUCAAUCUACUCAGGAGGGUUUAGUAGGUGUGUAUCAGCACAAACCAGUUUAAGCUUAAAUUUAUGUUAUCGGUAAAUAGUAACAUUUUUCAGACCACAAACUGCGUUUUAGCUAUGCUAACAGCUCACUAGUAGCAGCAAUAACUAUUUAUAUCUCUAUAUAUAUUUUAGCUAGAAGGUAAGAUGUUAAUUUGUGUCUUUAUUAUGAAAGCUUUUUUUUGACACUGAAUUUUGUGAAAUUAAUUUUAUACAUUAAAUUUCAUUGAAAAAAAAUAAUUACUAGAAUGUGUGUGUUUAAAAAUUCAGUGUAUAAAACUUCCCGUUUUUUAAAAUUCAGUGUAAAAAAAAAAAUCAGGGUAAAACAAUUCAGUGAUGAAAAAUGUGCUCCUUUAAAACGCAAGAUCCACUUCCUGUAAAUUAAAACUGAAGCAAUCGGCCCUGUCUCAAAACCCGCCAAUGUCACGUGACAUCGGUUUUAAGAAGAGGCAGGUUUUGCAGUGCUACACGCCGUGAAGGUUGCUGUGCAUUAGUGAAAAGAAUCCCAAGACUCCGCAAAAAAAGAUGGUACAAACACUCACACAAUAAUGACUGAUACUAAAACUUUAUAACAGACCAUCUCAAAAACGGAUUGAACUUCAUUUUUUUCUGACUAAGAUACUCAGAAUGUACACAAAAAUACAGCAUGUGGGAUUUACAAUAUUAUCUAUGAACAAUAAAACACUAAAUAUUGAGAAUAUAUAAACGUUGCCCCUUUACUGCAGACCACCUCUUUGAGCGACAUCUUUUAUAAUUGAGCAAGAAAAACAAACACGGCGAAACAUAAACCCAAAAGGUCAAAUAAUACAUCCACAUACUCGAUAUAUCACUUUUCUGAAGAACUUUAUUGCAGACAUCUGUCCCUGUCAGGCUUGUGUCUGUGUAAACCAGCCCUGCCUACUCUGUCCCAUGCUUCGUUUGCAUGGAGAAUAGCUUCCUAUGGUUACCGUAGUAACCCGUAUGUCACUCAAAAGUGCAGAUUCUAACCACUGGAAUAAUUUAUAUAGUUUGAAAAUAUCCAACGGGCCAUGUUGAAAUGUUUAUGAUGUUGUAUUAUUCCCAAGUAGCCCAGGUAACUGCUUUUUUAAUGCUGUUUUGUAAGUCUUGUGUAGCGUGACCUCAAACCUGACACCUCAUUGGCUGAUUUUGAGACAAGAUCAGCUUCAGUCUUAAUUUGCCGGAAGUCGGUCUUGCGUUUUGAAGCAGCAAAUUCUUUUAGCACUGAA